AUGGAUUUAUUUGGAACCAGGCAUUUGGUGAAAGCCGCCGAUUUGACGCUGGGAGCUGCAGGAUGUCCGCCAACCUCUAUCCUAACUGACGACUCUACCGUUCUGUUUGACUAUGGGCUCCAUGAUUGCGGCAGCAGAUUGCAGAUGGUUGGCGACCUUCUUGUCUAUACCACCCACGUGACCCACACCCCCAAGGCUCGUGGAGCGAUCAUCGUGCGAACUAAUGGCGCAGUUGUUCCAAUUCAGUGCCGUUAUUUCAGGAAAGGCAACGCGAGCAGUAACCCAAUUAAACCAACCUGGAUUCCAUUCAGGUCAACCAAGUCUCGAGAAGGUCACCUGUCCUUCUCGCUGCGCCUGAUGAAUGAUGACUGGCUUACAGAGCGCAACUCAUCCACGUACUACCUGGGUGACCUCAUUCACAUCGAGGCUUCUGUUUCAAUGAUUAACUACAUGCCCCUGAAGCUCUACGUUGACCGCUGUGUAGCCACAUUGAGGCCGGACAAUGACGCCACCCCGAGAUACAACAUCAUCGACUAUAAUGGUUGCCUCCUGGACAGCGUGGCUGAGGACUCCUUUUCUACCUUCGUCUUGGCACCAGAACGUGAACUGGAUAAACUCCGCUUUGACCUAGAUGCCUUCCGCUUUGAAGGUCACUCUUUGAUCUUCAUUAGCUGCUCCUUGAAAGCUGCCACAGUCAAUCGGAGCGAUUCCCUGAACAAAGCUUGCACAUUCCAGAAGAUGCGGAGUAUUUGGACCCCAUUGGAAGAAUCCGACGUGGACAUUUGUGCCUGUUGUCGUUUGGGCAACUGCGCUGCCUCGAGGGAGGUCCGAUUUGCUUCCAGGGGAAAGAAGGGCGCAGUGUUAAAAGCUGGCAUCCUGUCUGAGGUAGCUGUGAUCGCGCUGCUGACCGUGACGGCUGUGAUUGUUUUCUGUCCUGCUUCGAAGCUCUGA